AUGGAAAUUUUAACAUAUUUAACAAGAAAAUAACAUAUAAUGCAUGUUGUCCAAUAAAUCAAUUGCUAUUAGUAGUGGUACAAUAUAACGUAUGGUUGGGUGACCUGGCUAUGUUAAACCUGCGAUCACUUGGUUCAAGAGAAAAGAUUAGAAAUUAGUCAGAAUCGUGUAUAUGGUUAAAUUCCUCAGUAGAUAAUUAGUAAUUACUGUGUUAUAAUAUUAAAACUAAUUAAUAUAAGAUAUAAUAAUGAUUUUGUUAGAGAUACACAAUAGGAUACUAGAAGAAACGUUAAGUAACAAAAUAAAAAAUACUCUGUCGGGUCAUAAACCAGAAUCCACAGAUGUUGUUAUAGCAGAUUUUGAUGGAGUUUUAUUUCAUAUUUCUAACUUAAGUGGUGACAAGUCAAAAAUUAGAAUAAGUAUUUUACUUAAAUUUUAUAAACAAUUACAAGAACAUGGGGCUGAUGAAUUACUUAUACGUGAAUACGGAUCUUACCUUAUAGCUCCAGAAAAUGGUUACAAUGUUUCUGUAUUAAUAGACUUGGAAAAUUUGCCCGAAGAUUGGGAAUCAUUAGUUAAAAAAGUUGCACUCUUAAAGAGACACUGUUUUGCCAGUGUUUUUGAGAAGUAUUUUGAUUUUCAAGAAGAGUAUUAUGAUUCACCAGGUACCCAGUUGCAAAAAAGGGCAGUAAUUCAAUAUAGAGACGAAGAAACAAUGUAUGUUGAAGCCAAAAGUGAUAGAGUAACAGUGGUAUUUAGCACAAUAUUUAAAGAUGAAGAUGAUAUGGUUAUUGGAAAGUUAUUUUUACAAGAAUUGAAAGAAGGAAGACGUGCAAGUCACACAGCUCCACAGGUUCUAUUUAAUCACCGUGAACCACCAUUAGAAUUACAAGAUUCUGAGGCAGCUGUUGGAGACUGCAUUGGAUACAUCACAUUCGUAUUAUUUCCAAGGCAUACAAACAGAGAAGCUCGUGAUAAUACUAUUGAUUUAAUACACAUGUUUAGAAAUUACUUACAUUAUCAUAUUAAAUAUAGUAAAGUUUAUAUUCACUCAAGGAUGCGCACCAAAACAACAGACUUCCUAAAGAUAUUAAAUAGAGCAAGAUCUCAAUCGAAAAACACUGAGAAGAAAACCAUUACAGGUAGAACGUUUAUCAGGAAGGAAUGAGUGUAAACAUAAGAUUAUAUUCCUUAUAUUGUUUUAAUAAAGGAUAAAUGACAAAGCUCUCAUUUAUCUCAUAGAUUUGCUAGAAAUUUUUUGAUCUUCUGGCAAGAAAUAUUGUUUGUAAUGAAAGAUUCUAAUUCAUCAGAUUAAUGAGUUAAAAGCUGUCAGUCUUUGAGUCUUACCACUCAUUGUCUCUGAACAGUACAAUGAUCUUUAGAAAAAUCUAUAUUGCUGUAAACAUACUUAAAAUGUGUGUACAGCAACGAAACGCAUGAUUAAAAAGCCAUUUUAUAUUGAAAUUCUUAAAGUAAUAUUACAAGAGUGCAUAAAGUCUUCGAAAAAAUCAGGGAAUACAUAGUCUGUUUAUGAAUAAAGUUAAAAAAUAUCCUGUGUUUUACUACUUUUACAUGUAAAAUAUGAUCUUAAUGCUAUUAAGCUUUAUGAUCAAAGAUGCAUAAUCGCAUGUUCUACUUUUUUAAAACAUAUUUUAUGUUUAUUAAUUUCAGGAAAAUUGUCAUUUUCUAUAAAUUCCACGUACAACGAAAAUGUUUAAAAUAACAAGGAACGCGUGGAUUUUAUAAAGAAAUAUAUCAAUGUAUCAUUUGUAUGUUUAAUAACAUAGCACUGUCUUUUUUGAUAAAUUAUUUUUGUUAGCUAUA